UCUAUUAAGAGAAGGAAAUGUUGAUUUAAUGUUUGUGGUUUGACUUUGUUUUCAAAUCUGGAUUUUACCCUUGGGAAGUUCUGCUUCAUGGAAAAUGAAGAUAAAGUCAGUCCGUUCUGGGGGAUCUUCAUGCUGGCACAUGUUCUCACCCUCCGUCAGAAUGAAGAAGCCAGGCUCCCAUGGCAGACAUCUACACUGGUUGCAGAUGCUACUGUUCACCUUACUUGCAGGUCAAGCUUACUGUGAGGAGACCUCCGCUGCUCCCACUUCACUUCUCCCCCUUCCCACAAUAACUGCACAGACCUCAGCACACUACUUUCUCAACAUCGCGGUGGAUGUCACUGGAUCGAAUAAGGAAGAGUCAGAGAUUAAGGACUGGCUUGGCCAAGUGUUUCAAAACAAGCUUGAGAACUGUAUUUCCCCAACCCAUGAAGAAACAACUACUUCUCAACAAACAACAUCUGCAAGCACUGCAAAUGAGACAACACUCAACACAACUACAGCAACAAUAUCAACAACACUAGAAAUCAACAACACUACAGCUACAACAUUCAACAGCAACAACACAACUACAGCUACAUCGACAAUGUUAAAUUUCAACACAAGUACAGCUACAUUAACAACGUCAAAUAUCAACACAACUACAGCUACAUCAACAAUGCUAAAUAUCAACACAACUACAGCUACAUCAACAACGUCAAAUAUCAACACAACUACAGCUACAUCAACAACACUAGAAAUCAACAACACUACAGCUACAACAUUCAACAGCAACAACACAACUACAGCUACAUCAGCAAUGCUAAAUAUCAACACAACUACAGCUACAACACCAACAACUUUAACAAGGAGCAUCACAACUACAACACCAACAACUUUAACGAGGAGCAUUACAACUACAACAACAACUACAGCUACAACACCAACAACUUUAACAAGGAGCAUCACAACCACAACACCAACAACUUUAACAAGGAGCAUCACAACUACAACACCAACAACGUUAACGAGGAGCAUCACAACUACAACAACAACUACAGCUACAACACCAACAACGUUAAGGAGCAUCACAACUACAGCUACAACACCAACAACGUUAAGGAGCAUCACAACUACAGCUACAACACCAACAACGUUAAAAAGGAGCGACACAACCACAGCUAGAGCAGAUCUUUCCACAACAGCGGCUCUGACGCCGAUCAACAGCCCGACAGCUUUCUUACCUGACACCAGCCCGGUCAAACAGGUGCCUGAUGGUGGAGGCGAUGAUCGACAAUCGACUAAAACAAAUUCAAAUCAGUUAACCCAGCGGGUAGCUCGAGAAAUUAGUGGCAGUGCGACACAAACCAGCGGGCCUGGUAACACAACUGGUCUAUUUCAAGGACUUGAACUUUCAUGCGACAGGAAGACUGCAAUACAAAAGACAAAUUGCUCUGUGAUGCUGCAGCUGAGGAAGAGAGUACAUCCAUGUUGCAUCCUCCGUACUCUUUGUGCAGCUAGUAAAACUUCCCCUGACAUCCACGUGGUGGGUAGAAGAAUAGAUAGAACAGGUCUGCUAUUCAGUGAGUGCAAUAGCAAUCCACAUGGGAUAAACAGUUGCAUUUAUAGAGGUCCGGCCGGUGCAUCAUGUGAAGAGUCUGGGGCGGCAUAUGUGGAAGGUGGAAGCAACUCAACGAACUGUGGCCCAGAUCCGAAGAAGUGCAACUGCUCUGCUUAUUGCAGUAGAACUGAUGCAUACUACACUUUUAAAAUGUCAAUACAAGAUCCCAACAUCAACAUUUCAUAUGUCUUGUCCUUGAUUUCUAAACUAAAACAAGCACCGCCUUGCUCUCCAAGCACAGAUUCUUCAUGUCCAUUGUCCAUCAUUGCAACAGAAUACAAGGAUUCCCACGUGUUCUGUGGAAACACAGCAACAAAUCUUGAAAGCUGCAGAGUGAUUUUGGGCUUCGCCCAUGAGGUUCCUAUCUGCAAUCUGUCGGCACUUGUGACAAAAGUGUUUCAGUCUAUUGAACAGAUCAAGUUUGAUGGACUGGUGACUCGAGCCGCAAUAUGCGGAAAUUCAGGCGGCGACAAUCCAUUGGCAUCCCAGUUCAAAUGGGUUAAAUUGAACCUUAACCCUGCUAUGUUUUGUAUGGCAAUAGAAACGUCUAACAUCCUCACCUGUCAAACUGGAAUAAAUGUGGCUGCAGAGCUUUUAGAGCAAUGUGUUCAGGAGCCGUUUACGACACCCAGCCCAAAUGUGACAACCACACAACCCAACACCACCACCUCGUCUGUAAAUGUUACUUCAUCCCCACUGAACACGACAGCUGAGCCCCUCAACGCCACCACCACUGCUGCUAAUGUCACAGUAACAGCAACUACUGAAGCAGCAGCUGAAAGCCAAGCCAACUCUCUCCUAGCGAUGACCAGAGACGUGUCCUCGCUGAAUUCCAGCCAGGUGGAUGAGCUGGUGUCUCAGCUGGAGGAUCUUUUGGCUGGCCCGACCGUCAGCCUGGCUCUGGGAAACACCUCCGUCCACAUUGUCAGUAAUCUGCUGGGUGCGUCUGCUGAGACGCUGGCCGACUCCUCCAACAGGAUUAUACAGAUUGUUGAUACAGUGGGGUUGAAGCUGGUCCUUGAAGAACAGGCUGAGACCCUCUUGUCCCCAGCUGUGGCUUUGUCUGUGAAACCAGCAGAUGGAAGGAACUUUCAGGAAACAUUUUUUUCUAUCUCUGAUCCCAAUAAUGUACAGGUCCGUGGGGAUCCCAGGCUGAGAAGGAGUGUGAGAGAAGACUCCUCCAUCCCUCAGGGCUCCAUCAGGCUGCCCCCCUCUCUCACCCAGGACUUAACCUCUGAGGAACAGCAGCUGGCCUCCCGAGUCCAGUUCAAUUUCUACCAGAAGAACACAGUGUUCCAGGACAGAUCCAUAGGACAACGCAAACUUAAUAGUGGGAUCCUGGGAGCGAGUGUGGCCAACCUGUCAAUCAAAGGACUGACGGACGAUGUUGUAAUUCACUUGAGGAACACAGAGCCCAUUCCAGCUAAUUUUGUGGCUACAUGUGUUUUCUGGGACUUUACAUUGAAUAAUGAGUCAGGUGGUUGGAAUCCCAAGGGCUGUUCUGUCCAAAAGAGCACAGACAAUGAAACAGUUUGUGGCUGCAACCAUUUAACCAGUUUUGCUAUCCUGCUGGACCUCUCCAGACAGCCUGUAACCAGCCGUGUCCAGGCCACCAUCCUGACUUUUAUCACAUAUAUUGGCUGUGGAAUCUCUGCCAUCUUCCUGUCUAUCACCCUCCUCACCUACUUGGCCUUUGGGAAGUUGCGUAAGGACAUCCCAUCCAAAAUCCUGAUCCAGUUGUGCCUGGCUCUGCUAAUGCUGAACCUGGUCUUCCUGGUGGAUGCUUGGCUGGCGCUCUACCCGGAAGCUGUGGGCCUCUGCAUCUCCACUGCUUGGUUCCUUCACUACUUUCUAUUGGUUGCCUUCACCUGGAUGGGACUUGAGGCCGUUCACAUGUACCUGGCCCUCGUGAAAGUCUUCAACAGCUACAUAUCACGCUACAUGCUGAAGUUCUCACUGGUAGGCUGGGGCGUCCCGAUGAUUGUGGUCAUUAUAGUCAUUGCGAUUGACAAGGAUAACUACGGUCUUAUAUCCUAUGGAAAGUUUCCUGAUGGCACUAGUGAUGACUUCUGCUGGCUGAAAAAUGACAUUGCCUUCUAUGUGGCUGUGGUGGCCUAUUUCUGCGUCGUCUUUCUCUUCAACUUCAUCAUGUUCAUUGUGGUGCUGGUCCAGCUGUGUCGGAUAAAGAGGCAGAACCCUCACAAUAUGCAGCACCGCAGCAUACUUCAGGAUGUGCGCAGUGUGGCGGGGAUAACCCUCCUCCUGGGCCUCACUUGGGGCUUUGCCUUUUUUGCCUGGGGACCCGUUAACCUGCCCUUCAUGUACCUCUUUGCCAUCUUUAACUCAUUGCAAGGUUUCUUUAUAUUCGUGUUCCACUGUGCGGCGAAGGAGAAUGUGAGAAGGCAAUGGAGGAUCCACCUGUGCUGUGGCACAAUGAGACUAGCAGAAAACUCAGAAUGGAGUCGCACUGCAACACAGAAGACCGUGAAGAAGUCAUCAGUGACCAGAGUAACAUCUCUUCAUUCCUCAAAGUCCAACAACUCAUCCAGCUCUACUUCUUUUCUUGUCAGUGACUCCUCAGAACAGAUUAAUGGCAUUGGUAGUCCAUUUGAAGACAGAGCAAUCACAGCUGAUGAGGACGCCAGUAUGGAUGUGAUCCUCAACGAGAUCAACAGGCAAAACAGAAACCAGUGAGCACCCUGAUCUGAAAAGCACAUAACAGACAACUGUUAAAUGGCUCUUAUUUUGAAAUACGUGCACUGUAUAUAAUGUAAAUUAAUAGAGAGUAAUUUAUGUAUUAUAUGACAAAAUGGGCAAUGUAAAGCCUAAAUUAUGCAUGGCAAUUGAUUUUUAAACACUUUUCUAUACUCAUACAUUUAGACCAUUCAUACCAGCCUUUAUUCCUUUGUACAGUGAUGUUACCAAUAUAAGUCAUAUUCCAAUGGUAAAUUACAUACAUUGAUGGUGACCCAUGGAGAACAAGUCAACAUCAGGACAAGCCAGCAGACUGGAUCCAGUCUGGUCCAACACAUGUUAGAGCAACACCAUGAUUAAGUAGUCCAAAAAAACCCAGCUUCUGUAAACACCCAUAAUGUGCAGGUAAAUCUUACAUCCACAUCUCUAAUGAUAGAUUUACAGUAAAAAAUUGACAGAAUUGAUUUUUGCUGCAAAAGCACUGGUUGCUUCAUUUGUGGAUGAAUGAAAUUUGGCAGAAAAAUGUGAAGUCCAGCUCAAUAAAAACCUCAAGUUAAACAAUAUGUACUCAUAGGUUUCAUGUGGAACUUAUAAAAAAAUAAUAAUCAUUUACAUUCAUGUUUAAUCAAUUUUUUUUUCCUAUCAUUUGUUUGUACCAUAAAAUGUCCUCUGAGCCCAAAGUGUGUUCUUGAAAUUGUAUUUUUUUUCUUGUGCCUGUCCAAAAACCCAGAUAUUUAAUUUACUAUAAGAUGAGGCAUAACUGGAAACGCUUCAUAUUUCAGUCAACUAUUGGUAAUUCUGCUUGAAAGCCACUUCAUUUUCUGUUAUCAACUAAUCAUUUCGGACACAUUUUCAGAAUACAUGGGUUUCAAAAUGUGCAAUACAUAACACAACCGUUUUCCACCAUUUACACAUACAGGCUGUCUUAAAGUAUUCAAAGCGUGUCCUUGAUUUUUAUUGAUGCUUUUCAUUUCUUUUGGCAAAAAAAAAAAGUCGACAUUUUUCCCCCAAAACAUUUUAAUUGUAGAUGGUCACAAAGAUUAUCUCAAGUGGGACAGAACAGCAUUUGGUGAAAUUAUAUAGAAUAAAUAAAUGUAAUUGAGUCCCACAGGGUUGAGCGCGUGUAAACGUGCUGUGUACUGUAUAUGCAAGCUACAUUCACCGUCCAUUACAUGCACCUAAUACAGUCUUAAAAAAAAAAAAAAAAAACUUAAAA